GCUUUGCACAUUCAUCUUCAUCUCGGAGGUCUGGUACCACCGCCCUUUUGCACUCGCCUUGACGAAAAUUCCACAAAAGUCGCUCAAUCUUCGGCUCGCUUUACGACCUUUUUAUCACUUCAUCGCUUGAACUGGUUUCAACGAACACACUAUGCCUCCCGCUCGCUUUUACGAACUUCGCUCGACUGACGCAUCGGCGUCUUUCACCAACUUUACGCCUACUGCGCCGGGACCUGGAGAUGUCUUUGCGGCUGGCGGGAACUGUACCAUACAGUGGGCGGUGGAUCAGAGUGGGAGCUGGAAUAAUGUCACCAUCGACUUGAUGUCGGGUUCAAACAACAACAUGUCUUUCGUUGCAAACGUCGCGUCCGGCCUUGAUGGCACGGACGCGUCGAACACGCCGUUCAACUGGACGUGUCCGGAGGUGGACCCGUAUUCAGACAUCUACUUCUACCAGUUUACAAAUGGCGAGGAUAAGAUGGAUGCGAAGUGGACAACGCGCUUCACGAUCUCGUCAUCAUCCGGCGAGGUCGAUCCUCCGGCAAACCCUACCCAGCCCGAUGGAAGUCAGAUUCCUUGGGGCGUCGGCCAUGUCUCCAACUCGACGUCGCAAGCCUCAAACGCGACUACCCAGAGUGUUGCUGCUCCUGAAGACGACGACUACUUCAACAGCUUGCAAGCAUCGAAGAAGGGCUCCGAGCACUCUGGCGACAAGUCUUCGAAGGAGCACGAUGAGGAGGAGGAGGACUCUGCUCGGCGUCAGAAGCACUCGGAUGACGACUCCAAAUCCAAACACGAGAAAGCCGACUCGAAGUCGAAGUCAGCCGAGAAGGAUGAGGAAGACGACGAUCGCCACUCAGACGAGGAUGCCAAGCACUCGGAGAAAGCUUCGAAGAAGGGCAGCUCCUCUGACUCUGACAAUGACGAUGACGACGAACGCCAUACGAAAUCCUCGAAGGCGGACGACAAGAAGCACUCUGACGACGAUGAAGGCGACGAAAAGCAUUCUGGCGACGACGGUGACGAAGAGCACUCCAGCGGCGACGACAAGCACACAACCCAUAAGGCCGACGACGAUGACGAUGAGCCGGAGACGCACUCUGCGAAGACGAAGUCUACUCAGCAGGACAACUCUGACGAUGAGCCGUCCGCGUCCUCGUACUCCUCCGCCGAAGCUGACUCGGGCUCGCGCGGACGCCCUGCUGGCGCCGGGCAGUCUCCGCUCACCAUGAGCCUGCCGCCCUCUGCGAAGAGCGGCUCUGUCGACACCAUCGUGCACUCGGACUCGCCCUACGUUGCCUCGGAUCGUGCUUCGAACUCGGCGGAAGUGCCUAGUCUACCUGUGACCGUUCUGCUCUUUUCGUACACGCUGUUGUUCUUGGUGCUUCUGUAGGGUUUGGUCAAUGCUAUGCUGCGCAGGGCAUUCGGUGGCGACGAAUUCCAUUCAUAAAGACCUUGUGAAGUGCACUGCACUAAUACGAGUCAGCGAUAGUCUCGUCAGAAGCCGUUCUCAUCGCCAAGAAAUCGAGCUCUAGCGAGACAGACGCGGUGUUCUGAAGCAAUCCCAAGUACACUCAUGCUGUCGUAGAGGCAGGGCUGCCUGAUAGUCAUCUUUCCUG